UUUAGAAUCUUCUGUCACUUGUCGGCGUCGCUGUCAGUUUAUCUAUCAGAGUGUAAAUUAUUGUAUGUUGGAGGUAUAGUUAGGUUGAACAAAUUUAUGAUUUUAUUCUUUGUUGAUUGUUAUGCAUUUCUUAGUUCUAUUGUUAUUAAAUUUUAAUUGAGCCCUGUUGACAACCCUAUAAAUUCUUACGUUUAUUUUAAUCUUUCGUAUAGAAGGUAUCAAAGACAAGUGAAAAAUCAAAUAAAUGUCAGUGAACUCUGUUUUGUAAAAUAUCAAGUGCUGCUCAUCAGCAUAGCCGGCUUAACUUCUUUGUCAGACCGAUAAUAAGUUUUCAUUAUUUUGGUGUUAGCAUUUUAAUCAAGAAAAAUGUGUGGAGGUUUCACCUGUUCAAAGAAUGCAUUAACAGCACUUAAUGUUUUAUACAUAGCAGUGGGUUUCAUCCUGAUUCUGGCAGCAGUCUACGGUCGAGCGUCAGCACAAGUAACCAACCUUCCGAUAGUCAGUGGCAUCCUGGGCUGCGGUGUGUUCCUCAUCCUCGUAUCAAUCUUGGGACUGUUUGGAGCAGUGAAGCACAACCAAGUCAUGCUCUUCUUCUACAUGAUCAUCCUGUUCCUCAUAUUCCUGGUACAGUUCAGUGUGGCUUGUGCCUGCCUUGCCGUGGACAAGCAAGAGCAGGAGCAGCUGGCCGAAGAGGGUUGGCGCACCGUCAGCAUGGACCUGAAGAAAGAGGUGCAGAAGGAUUUCAACUGCUGUGGUUUUGAUGACAAGAUCCACAACGCGACUGAUCCCAUGGGACAUCCCGAGUGUGAGCAUGUGAGUGCAUGCUGUUCUCUCUCGGACUGCCGGUGCCUGCCGUGCAUGAAACAACUUCAGUCAGCCAUCGACUACGGAUUCAAGCUGUGUGGAGGCGUCGGACUGUUCUUCAGCUUCACUGAGUUUGUUGGAGUGUGGUUGACCAUUCGCUAUCGCAACCAGAAGGACCCUCGGGCCAAUCCGAGUGCUUUCCUUUAACCAUUAAAUGACUUUGAGAGAAUAUCAGGUUUUCCAAGCACAACCGAUGCCACGUCAGCUUGAUUCUCUCCACUUCUCUAGUCAUCAGAUCUCACUCGUCCUUCACAGAGCAACGCUUCCCUUCGCUUCGUCACGUGUUUGUAAAGUCAACAACAAACAAGAAUACAUUCAUUUUAGUUUCUCAAAAGUGUAAACUGCUAUAUUCGUAGUUAGCUUUUUAGUGUUAGUGUUUUGUGUUUAUUUUGUAUUGAAUUUAUGUUACAAAGUGUAAUGAAUAAGACUAUAAAUCAGAUUUAUUGUAAUGCUAGUCAUAUAUUUUGAUGUACAAUAACUAAUAUACUAGUCACUGAUGUAAUUUAUUAUGUGUAUAAGUUGUAAAUGUAGUCGACUGUGUCAAUGUGCAAUAAAUGAUGUCAUAUUUUA